AUGGAGAUUGAACAGCCGAUUUUCAAUCCAGCGAAGAGGAGAAAAUUCAUACGCAGGCGCGCAACAACGCCGCCCGCAGAACAUCAGUCGGAUUUUCAAGAUCAGGCGCCUGAGCUCGCUACGAACGACGUCACCCAGUCUGCUACUCCUACCUUGGAGGACGAUGGUGCAGCCGUACCUAUCGCUGAGAUCAUUCGUGCUCGAAAGGGAUUGAAAUCCCGCAGAGCUGGAAUAGAAUUCUCGACGGGGCCGAGAUGGGGUUCAGAAAAGACACCUCGACCAUCCUCAGAAGGGACAGUGGCGAGCGAGGCUGGAGAUGGUGGUUUAGGCGGGAUAUCAGACCGGUUUGUUGGUCUUACGGGACAAAAGGUUGAUGUAGAUAGGCAUAUGAUGACCUAUAUAGAGUCUGAGAUGGCCAAACGUCAUCGCCGCAGCCCAGCGGUUGAAUCCACACACAACCAGUUAGAACCCGAAGAGAUCAUCAACCAAGGCCCAGACCACAAGCUACCUCAGCGCCAGCCAGCUACUUUGGGUAAACUUCAUGAGAUAGAUCUCGGCCCAGACUCGAAAUUGCGGAAUAUCGAACGAACAAAAGCCGCUACGAGAAAUCUGGCGAGUGGCGAGCCUAUACAGACUGAAGAUAAGGAUGUAGGGGGAAAGAAAUCUCGCGUAGAUAAAGACGGAAAGUCGUGGCGCCAUAGAAAACGACGCAAUAGUGAAGAUAUAAGACGGGAUCAACUUGUUGAAGAAGUAUUACGGGAGAGCAAACUUGAUGUCUAUGAGGAGCCCGAGCAAGAGUUUGGCGAUGAUCAGGCCGCGGAUGAUCGCAUUGCGGAACAGUUCAGACGUGAUUUCUUGGAUGCUAUCCAGUCGCGGAGACGUGGAGCCAGGUCAAAGAAUACGAAAUCCUCGAAAGGUGAUGUUCCUCGUGGCCCUAAGCUGGGCGGAAGUAGAAGCGCCCGAGCUGCAAUGCGCGAGAGGCAAGAAAAAGCAGCCAAGAAGUAAAUUUCAAACUUUUCGUGCUGUUACCUUACCAGCUGUGGAUAAUGGAUAUAUCCAUAUGAUAUAUCGUCAUGUGAAGAACUGGGUGGUUGAACGCGAAAGCCCUCUGAGAAGUCUAUAGUCUGGUGGCUGCAGCAUAUAUAAA